AUGGACAAGGGGCCCUUCUCGGUGGAGUGGCUGGCCCAGAGCAGCCGCGGCGGAGCCCGGGACCUGCCCGAGUCGCCCCGGGAGCGGGAGGCCGCGGAGCGCGCCGGGCACGGAGCGGGGGCGGUGGAAGCCGCGCCCGGGCGGCCCCGCACCAAGUUCUCGGCCGCGCAGCUGCGGGAGCUGGAGCGCAGCUUCCGCGAGCAGCGCUACAUCGGCGCCGGCGAGAAGCGGCGCUUGGCCGCCGCGCUGAACCUCUCCCAGAGCCAGGUGAGCGCCGCCUCGCCCUCCACCCGAGCGGCACAUGGGGGUGGGAGGCACCUGGCGGUCACCGGGGGACGCGGCGGUGACAGGGACAGUGACAGUGACAGCUCCUGCAGGUGCGGCGGCCCGGGCCGCCCGCCAGCCUCGCCCCGCUGGCAGCAAACGGGGCUGGAGCAAAGUGAGAGCCCGGCCUCGCCCGACUCAGCUCCGAGUGCUCCAGGGACAUGGGGCAAAUGGAAAAUGGUGACUGCAAGUUCUAAAGCUGAAACUUCACCGGAGAUAAAAACCUGGUUUCAGAAUCGCCGUAUGAAGUUCAAACGCCAGACUCAAGAUGCCAGGAUUGAGGCUCUUUUCUCGGGCUUGUUUUUGCCCUAUCAUUGUUACCCAGACACGGCUACAUCCAGUUAUCCUCAUGGGGUGGAUGUCAAUGUCUCUGCUACCUCUGCUGCUUCCCUUCACCCAGCUGUGCCAAACCCUGCUUUGUUGUUACCUUCUGUUCCAGCUCAGUCUCUUCCGCCAGUUUUGCCAACAUCCAUGGCCGUGUACCCUCCCCCCCAGCACCUCCCUCCAUCGCGUUUGGUGGGCAAAAGGGAGGGAGGGAAGCUGGGAGACCCUCGAAGGAAUUUCCCCCACCACGCCCCUUCUCUGUGCCCCACCAGGGCAGCACCGAUCCGUGACACAGCCAGGCAGCUGAAGGCACGACCUGGGCAUUUCUAG